UAUAAUGUGCCUGAAGAGUAAUGUCUUCGUACUCUGUAGUCUUGGCUUCAUAGUAUGCCUGGCCAAAAUGACCCUUCACUCCCACUACCCAGACAUCGAAAAAGCCUCCAAGAAAGAUCAACAAUUUUACGUGGACAGCCCCUCGUGCAAGAUGCCCAAGAUGGACCCCUUUUCCGCUGACAUAAUGAAAUUCUUCAGGAAAAAGCAGUUCAAAGAGUGCAGCACCGAUGGUGACUUGGUUCUCAGUGAGUUCGAUCUGGAACUUAGACAAUACAGGCUCAACAUUGAUGAUGGCAUCUAUGAGAAGCUUUCAAAAAAGGUCGCUAAUGGGACACUCAAAUGUCAAUACCAGGUGAUUGGCCGGAACAAGAGCGCUUCAUAUCCGGAUAAUGGUUUUACUCUCUCCAAACCUCGACCCCUGAACCACUCUUUCUUGGUACCCAAGAACAUAGACUGUGUAAGCACCCAAUGCUACGCCGUCAACGAAAAAAAGAAAAUGGAGCUUCUUCAGGAGGAUGGGUUUCUCUUCGUUCAGGAUCGCCUGAGGCAUAACACCAAGAACCCAGAAGAACCUCGUCCUGAUGGGGAAUCCAAGCCCAACGUGAUCAUCCUGGGUAUUGAUUCGACGUCCCGAAUGAACCUAAGACGCUCCAUGCCGAAGCUCCAUGAGUUCCUGCAACAACCAGGAUGGUUCGAAAUGCAGGGCUUCAACAAGGUGGGUGAGAACACCAUACCGAAUCUUUUGGCCCUGCUCACUGGAAACGCCGAGGAAAAGGCCAUGGAACAGAGUCGAUUCAGUCGUGGCGGAUUCAUCGACAAACUGAAGUUCAUUUGGCAGAGGUUCAAGAAGUAUGGCUACCUCACAGCUUUCGGCGAGGACUGCGGUAAGAUCAAUACUUUCAACUACCAUAAGCCCGGCUUCAGGAAGCAGCCAGUGGAUUACUAUCUCAGAAACUUCAUAGUUGCCCUGGAAAGCAUCCUAAAAACCCGACGUGAGUUCCGAAAUGUUUUCUGCGUUGGCCGCAAGUUGGGUUUCAAAUACAUAUUCGACUUUGCCAGGCAGUUUAUGCAACGCUUCGAGAAAGUGGCCCCCAUUUUUGGGAUCUUCUGGAGCAACAGCUUCACCCAUGAGAAUUUCCUGGGCGCCACCGCUCUGGACAAGGUCUUCUGGGAGUACCUCUUGGAGUACGAUGAACUGGGAUUUUUCAAUCGCUCUGUAGUAUUUGUGCUGAGUGACCACGGCUAUAGAUACGGAGUACCGCGAGAGAGCGACAAAUCGGGAUAUUUGGAGGAACGCCUUCCCAUGAUGUUCAUAUAUGUGCCGCCCUGGUUCAGGAAAAGAUAUCCCCAGUAUGUGCAGAACCUGAAGACCAACCAGAACCGCCUGUCCUCAGGUUUCGACGUGCACAUGACCCUGCACCACUUGCUCCAGCUGAACGUUACCUCCAUGUCAGGGUUCAGUCCGAAUCUUCGGGCUUCCCAGUGCAAAGGGUGUCAGUCCCUGUUCUUCGAACUUCCCUACAACAGAAAGUGCUCCCAGGCGGGUAUUCGUGACAAGUGGUGCUCCUGUGACCCCACCGAAACGGUGACAGAUAAGAAACACAUUUCGAGAGUGGCUCUUGAGGUGGUGCGCCGAAUGAACCAGCACCUGGAGGAUCGAAACCUCACCGAGCUCUGCGAAAGCUACACCCUGAAGAAGGUCAUUCACAUGGACCGCAAGGUCCCAGUUACCGACGAGUCCGUGGAGGAUGAUGAGCUGCACACCUACGUCAUCUCGUUCCUCACCAGACCCACUCAGGCGCAUUUCGAGGCCACUGUACAGUGGAACACUCAGAGGGGAUCCCUGACCAUGAAUGUGAACGAGCUGAGUCGCCUGGAGUCCUACAAGAAGCACAGCAAGUGCACCAACGAUCCAGUAAUCAAGAAGUAUUGCAUAUGCAUCCCAUUUUAACAAAAUAAACGUUGGAUUAUGUAUCAAGAGUCAUAACUAUAAAUAUUUACAAUGUAUUGGAGCAACCUUAGCCAUGGGUCAUUUAAUUGAGACCCACAAAAGCGAAUUAAAAUUUAGCCUUCUUUAAAA